UGUAGUGAAUAGUGAAACAGCGCGGCUUGUAUAACAUUUUAGCCGCCAUUGAUAAAAUACAAGUGUGCUUCUUAAGGACUUAGGGUUAGGGUUACAAACACACGCACGAGCUCCCUCUUUUGCAUUGGGGGUACCUCCACUUUCCCUCCCUUCGCGAAAUAUGACUUUGUCGGACGAAGAAAUCAAAAGGCUUUUCAGAAUCAGGAAGACGGUGAUGCAGAUGCUGAGGGAUCGGAAUUAUUUUGUUGGAGACUUUGAGAUUAACAUGACCAAAGAACAGUUCCUCUCGAAAUAUGGUGAGAACAUGAAAAGGGAGGACCUCGUUAUCAAUAAAGCAAUGCGAAACAAUAGCGGUGAUCAGAUUUAUGUUUUCUUUCCUGACGAACAAAAAGUUGGGGUUAAGACAAUGAAGACUUAUACCAAUCGUAUGAAAUCAGAGAACGUUUUCAGAGCAAUAUUGGUGGUUCAACAGAACUUGACUCCCUUUGCACGGACAUGUAUAAAUGAGAUCUCUUCAAAAUUCCACUUGGAAGUUUUCCAGGAGGCAGAGCUUUUAGUCAACAUCAAAGAACAUGUUCUUGUUCCUGAGCAUCAGGUGCUUACUAAUGAAGAGAAGAAGACGUUGCUGAAGAGGUACACAGUGAAGGAAACACAGUUGCCUCGCAUUCAAGUGAGUGAUCCAAUUGCAAGAUAUUAUGGACUGAAGCGUGGACAAGUUGUGAAGAUUAUCCGGCCAAGUGAGACUGCUGGUCGUUAUAUCACCUAUCGAUAUGUUGUAUAAAUAUUAGUUUAAUAGGUUUAGUAACUACUUAAAUUUAGCAUCAAAUACCAGGCUUAUACCGAAGUGCUUUUAUCAUGGCUUGGCUUGUCUCAAAAUGCAAUGCAAAACUGUUAAGAGUUUUGGACCUUAAGACAACUUGUGAUAUUGGUUUGAACAGCAUUCAUUUGUGCGAUCAGUGAAAUCUCAUGUUGGUAGAAAGGAAAUGGCAAUUACGGUUGUGGAGAUGUUUUCCUUUGGAUAAUUGAAUAGCUUGAAUGUUAUAUUGAAGUAUUGUGGUGCCUCCAUUAAUUGUUA